CCGCAGCGCGGCAGCGCCAGCAGCCCGAGCGGCAGUGGCAGCACCAGCGCCGCCGCGACGACGGGCAGUGCCGAGGCGCUGGCUGCCGCCGCCGCCGCCUCGGCGCUCGUGUCGGGCGACCCCGAGGCCGUGCGUCCGGCGUACACGCGCACCUACGACGUCGACGGCUUCGGCGAGGAGCGCAGCGAGGCGCCCGCCGACGACGCCUACGACGAGCUGCUCGACGAGGAGCGCGGCGAGGCGCUUGCCGCCGUGCCCGUGCAGGGCCAGCGCCGGGAGGACUACGUGUUCCCGCGGCAUCGCCUGCCGACGCGCAUGCGCGAUGAGAGCAAGGUGCCGCUCGUGAUUGUCGCGUGCGGCUCCUUCUCGCCGCCGACGUACCUGCAUCUGCGCAUCUUUGAGAUGGCCAAGGACCAGGUCAUCGAGGAGGGCAAGUACGAGCUGCUGGGCGGCUACUACUCGCCCGUGUCCGACUACUACAAGAAGGAGGGCCUGGCCAAGGCGACGCACCGCGUGCGCAUGUGCGAGCUGGCCGUCGAAAAGACUUCGACGUGGCUCAUGGUCGAUGCGUGGGAGUCGCUGCAGGAUGCGUACCAGCGCACCGCCGUUGUGCUCGACCACUUUCACGAGGAGCUCAACGGCGGCGCCGACGGCGGCGUGCUGCUCAGCGACGGCUCGCGGCGCCGCAUCCGCAUCAUGCUGCUCGCCGGCGGCGACCUGAUUCAGAGCAUGGGCGAGCCGGGUGUGUGGGCUGAGGCGGAUCUGCACCACAUUCUCGGCCGCUACGGCUGCAUGAUUGUCGAGCGGACGGGCGCCGACGUGUGGAGCUUCCUGCUCUCGCACGACAUCCUCUGGACGUACCGGCGCAAUCUGCACGUCGUCACGCAGGUCAUCUACGACGACGUCAGCUCGAGCAAGAUCCGCCUCUUCGUGCGGCGUGGCAAGAGCAUCCGCUAUCUGCUGCCGCAGAGCGUCGUGCGGUAUAUGGCCGAGAACCAGCUGUACCGACUGCCGCCGGAGGAGACGAAGAAGCAGCCCAACGCCGACGACCAGAUCUGGUGACCGCGCGCGACGGCACGCCCCUGCUCCAUCUCCCGCCUCGAUGCUCUAUUGCCCGCCGCAUGCCCCGCCAUAGAUUCAGCGCCCCAUCUACCCGCAUCGUCCAGCCCCCUGUAUCACCACGCCUCGACGGGCCUGCCUCGCGUGCUUGUCUCCCCUGCAAUAUGUGUCUCGUCGCGCGCGCACCCGCUGCGUCGCGCCAGCCUCCUCAUCGUCUCGAUACCGGCAACCAAUGGCACACCUUCAGCAGAUGUAGGAGGGAAUCGAUUGCAUGC